AUGGACAACGACAACACGUGGACGCCAUCUUUGAUGGCACGGUCCAUACCUGCCAGUAUGUCGGAACCGAAACACCCGAAUUUCCAGCAGACUUUGUAUGAUGCGACCCGAGCAGUGGAUGCCAUCCCCCGCGCCGUCCCGCUAGCGAAGCCCAGCAGGUUGGCGCCUUGGACAGGGGACCCGACAGCAGUGCUUGCGGACAUCGCCCCAACCAAUUUCCUGUUACAGCUGGAUUUCGGGAAAUCGAUUGUCCCUUCACAUCCCCCUUUCCAGCUACUCGGGAUGGGUCCCAGCUGCCCCUUGUCACUGAAGCUCGGGUGUUGUGGCAACACGCCAGAGUCCAGGACCCCAACAACGACUUCACUCACAAGUUGGGGAUCCGGAAGGAGUGAGCUCGAUUUCUCGAGACCAAGAAACCGAGGGGUCCGGGUUGUGUGGAGCGUGUGGAUUGUCUCUGGGAUAACAGAUAUCACCCCCUCAAGGCCCUUCAUCAGGUCAGCCUCCUCGGAAGUGAGGAUGGUGGAGAAGCCAUCAAAAACAUUCUCGUAA